UUUGUAUUCAAUCGUCACUGAUCGUCACCGUGCCGGUUUUUCACCGAAUUAAUAUAUUAAUUCUUAAGAUGAGUUGAUUUAAUCAGUAAAACUCGAGAUAUUUAAAGACAUGGAGGAAUUUCUGAAUAUCGAUUGGACUCCUGCAUUGGAUGACAUUGUUGAUAAUGUAUUCAUUAAUGAAGACAGAUUAAAACGGGAAGGUACAAUGUACAAAAUCAUGUUAGGUGAAUUUAAAGAUCCAUUUGCCAUGGGUGACAGCGAUAGUGAUGUCACGGAAGAAACUUUAGAAGAGAUGGAAGUCAAUUUUAAGAAAGACAUUACAGAAGGAGAAACACCUAAUGUGUCGAAUAACAAAAAGCGCUCAAUAGGAAAGAUGUUAAAUGAUGCUACCAUGCCUCAAGAGUCUAAAAAAGACUAUGUACCUGGAGUUGUAAAAUGUGACUUUAAAUUUCCAAGAUACUCCACUUUAAAUGUCGAUGAACAUGCUUUAUGUCUUAGAGUUAUACUUCGGUUUUCUGGUUCUGAGAAACCAGAAGUGACUCAAACAACGAGGCAGGAAUUAAACACUUAUAUGAAAUUAACGCCUGCAAUAUCAAAAGAGCAAGAUGAGUUUUUAGAGUUUGCUAAGAGAAAUUGGGACAGUUCUCAACUAAAAAUUUUAUGUGAGAACUACAUUAACCUUCGCUGGAAAAGGAAUAUUGAACAUCUUAAAGAAUUACCUAGGUAUUAUUCUGAGACAGGCAGCAUUGCUUUCAUUUCCGACAAACAUAUUGAAAUUAAUUUUCAUAGUACCUGUCUAGAAAAGGGGAAUUCUCCACGUCUUAAGUUACCAGAGCCAAAUAAACCUUAUUUUUUGUUAAGUAAGCAAGUAAUGAUGCAAGCAUAUGGUUCUAAUAUAAAAAAAACCAGAAUGAACAUGCCCUCUAAUGUACUUGUAAGUCAGGAUCAUAAUUGUGAAAAUUUAGCAGAAACUCAUCAAGUAGACUUAGUUAUAUCAAUGAGUGGUUUAAAAUGUCUAGCAAAUAAUGUUGAUCAAAAAUCCUCCACUUCUUGGAUUUUACCAGUACUUAUAAGAGAGCAAUGCGGUAAGAAGAUAGUGUACAUCGAUAAGCCGCUCCCACCGAAUUCAAAGAUGAUACCACAAAAGAAUGCUUGCAUUUAUAAACAUCUUGUCAAAGCACAGUUUUGUCAGAUUGAUAAUCUGACUUCAACAAAUUCACCUGAUAAGUGCAUUGAGGAUGAAAAUAUAUUUGGUGAUAUACAUUCAAGUGAUUUGCUGAAAUUGGAGAAGGAAGAGAUAGAAUUCCAAAAUAUAAUGUGUACGAAAAAAACAGACAGUGAUUUUAAAAGUGAACAACAAGAUUACAACGUCACAGCAUUCUCGAAUUUAUCGGUACACCCGAAUUCACAUAAUGUGAACAAGAAUGUAAAUAAGAUUACUGAAAAUACAAUUAAAGCUGAAUCAAAUGAUGAAAUGGAAUCAAAUAAUAUGGUUCAAAAACCUUUCAAAAAAAGUUACAGCUUAAAUGCUGGAACAAUUAAUUUUGAUACAUUAAAUGUGAAGCACAAUCUGUGUUAUAAAUUGUUCACUUUAGGAUUUACUCAAGACAAAAAUGAAUUAAUGAAAACCUGUGGGAAAGAUUAUAAAAUAUUAAUUCGCUCAUCUGUAGAUGGAAUCGAGAGAUUGCCAGAUGGAAAUGAGCAGCCUGUGAUAAUAGCUCCAAAAUUGGAACAUCAAGUUGCACUUGGGGCAGAAGCCAUAACACUGGAAGAAGCUAUUAAACAGUGGGCAUCUCUUAUUUUUCAACCAGAAGCUUCCUUAAUCAGAGUACGCCUUGCUGCAGCCACGUCGGAAGUAUUGCACAUUGAACGACGUUCCGCAGUAUCAGUAAAUAAUGAGAUCAAGAGAUUGUAUAAUAUACAAGUUGAAAGCGUACUCGCAUUACUAUAUAAUAUAAUAGAUGAGUUACAAAGUCUGACUACUGGCCGAUAUCUUAUAAGACAUACAAUACAAAAUGGAUCUUUCGCCAUAAUUUAUAAAGAGACCGAUAAUUUGGGGAAAAAUGGACUUGAUUUAAAUGCAGUGUACGCAGAUAAGACUUUUUAUACAAUACCUAUUACACCUUGGCCUGCUUUGGAUAAGGCUGUUGUAACUCCUGCCCACAAGUUUUUCAAUAGAAUGCCUGCCAUGUUUCAUCCAUCAAAGACUCUGUCCAAACUCGAUCAAGCAAAACGGCUAAGACUUGGUAUAGGGGCUAGAAAAUAACGGCUACAGGUGGAAUGUUCAUUCCUUUCCCUCUGGUAUGUUGAAUUAAUAUACGUGUACAAUUGUUGAUAACAAAAUUCGUUAUAAUUUUGUAAGAAAUAUCUGUAAGAGCAAUAAAUAUAGAUGUAAGUAAACAUACAUAUUUACAAUGUAAACUA